AUGAGUUUUGAAGUUCUCGCUGGAAUAUCAGAGAAGCUUCUGAAAUAUUCGACUCCGUUUGGCCAUAUGUGGAACGCAUUGACAUUUCUUUGCCGGCUUCUGCCCGCUACAACGAUAGGAGACAACGUCUACGGGGAUGAAAUGUCCGAUUUCGACUGCGUCACCACCCAACCAGGCUGUCCCCAAAUGUGCUACAACCUGUUCGCCCCGAUGAGUCACGUGCGCUACUGGAGUCUUCAUAUUUUAUUCCUCAGUUUCCCGCCACUUAUCUUCAGCUUUAUUGUUGCUAACCACUCUGCCACUUAUGCUGCAAUUAAGAGUCGCUAUGACGAUAAAAAGAACAACUCCGACUACACCGGCUCAGAACAAUAUACGAAAGACUUUGCAUAUCUGAACAAAAUGAAAAAGAAAACUCGAAAGGAUCUUGUUGAAGAAACCACGGUCGAGGUUGUUUGGUCCCCAAGUUUGCGCCGUUGGUACGUUAUUCAGUCAUUUGCGAAGAUGCUGUUGGAGAUUUUCGGCCUCGUCGGGUUGUAUUAUCUUCAAGUUCAACAGACAAAGACGACGAAUUUGCUGAAAGUUUGGGUCGUUCCUCAGCGAUAUUUGUGUACGUUCGGCGCUGACGUUCAAAACUACGCGUGUUCGCAGGACAAAGAGGUGCCCUGUUGGGUGUCUCGGCCUUGGGAGAAGACCAUCUUUUUGCUCUACAUGCUGAGCAUGGGAUUGGUUGCUAUUAUCGUCAUCAUGCUGGACUUGGGAUACACCUUGAAUAAAAUCACGACCAAGCGGCUUCGAAGAAGAAAACAGAGAAAAGCUCUUUUGGAAGCGGCGACUGAAUAA